AUGAGUAUACACUAUGUGCUAGCUACUCCUGCGAAUGCCCUUUUUGAUGAUCUAGUGCAUAUCUGAGCUACAGGCCUGACUCCCUUUCAGAUAGUGCUUCUUCAGGCAUCACUAAAAGAUGAAAAGGGGAACCUGUUUCAUUCUCAUGCCUACUAUAGGGCCAGUGAAAAUAGUGAGGUAGACCUGGAGCAUGCCUCUUCACUUGAAGGUGACUACGUUGGAGUCUACCCCAUGGGUCUCUUCUGGUCCCUAAAACCUGAAAAGAAGUUUACUAAAUUGCUGAAAAGGGAUGUAAUAAAUAGCCCCUUCCAGAUCCAAUUGAAACUUUAUGAUUCAGAUUUCACAAUGAUCCCCAGUGUGACCACUGCUUCAAAGGUCAGCCUAAUUUUGGAGAGGUGGUAUGUAGCACCUGGUGUCACAUGGGUCCAAGUCCGAGAAGGCUGCAUUCGGGGAGCUCUCUUUCUCCCUCCGGGAGAGGGCUGUUUCCCAGGGGUAACUGAUUUGUUUGGUAAUGCUGGGAAACUGAUUAAGAGCCAGGCCAGUUUCCUGGCUAGUCAUAGCUUUGUCACCUUGGCUUUGGCUUACUGUGACUAUGAAGACCUGCCUUCAAAACUGGAGAAAGUAGAUUUAGAAUAUUUUGAGGAAGCUACCAAUUUUCUUCUAAGACAUCUGAAAAUAAUUUUUGCCUUUUCAGUCCUUGGCCCAGGCAUUGGGGUAGUCUCCAUAAGCAAAGGAGCAGAGAUUGGACUCUCCAUGGCUACUCACCUGAAACAAGUCAUAGCCAUAUUUAUUAAUGAGCCCAACUUCAUAGCUUCAAUUCCAUAGGUAUAUCAUGGGCAGAUAAGUCAACCCUUGCCCUUGUCUCUACAAUUUGUAUACAUCAGCAGCUUAGGAUUUAUAGAGCUUUAACACUGUUUUGUGGAAACUGGAAUUGAAGCCAGUCACACUUUUCUCCUCCCCAUUGAAAAAGCCCAGGGACAUUUUCUCUUCAUUGUGGCAGAAGAAGAUAAGAAUCUCAAUAGCAAAGCUUAUGCUCAGCAAGCCACAGAACAGCAGGAGAAUGGGAAGAACAAUUGGACCCUGCUAUACUACCCUGGGGCAGGCCACCUAAUAGAGCUUCCCUAUACCCCACUGUGCCGUGCCUCAGAGAUGCCCAGUCUUCCUGCCUUUCUGCGCUGGGGAGGACAGGUGGUCCCACAUGCUGCUGCACAGGAACAUUCUUGGAAGGAGAUCCAGAAGUUUCUCAGAAAGCGCCUCCUUCCGGUUGCGACCAGUCAACUUUGA